CUCGAACAGAACUAUUGGGGAUCCAUCCGAUUGCAUACCUACAUACCCACGCCAUGCACUCGACUUGCUCGCGACCUUGAAGCAAAAGUAAGGGUUGGUUGAUGCUUGUGUCAUAGACAUGACAAUUUGCAGAGCUUGCACAAGGAGUGCUGGUCGCUCAGUUCUCAGCAUUCGGUCUGUCAGCUAUCUCUCGAGCAGUUUCGCUGCAGAUGGCAACUCUUGGGGUUCGCAGAUAAAAAGUUCAGACGCCCUAUCCUCUGCUGUGACAAGCUCGUCUCGACCGCAAGAUAUCACCAGAGCCAUCAAGAAUUCGUCAGAUACAGAAACCCUUGGCGAGCAUAAAAAGGACCCCAAGCGCAAGCUUGCAGGUAGCAGAAAUCUUCACGACAGCAUCAACUAUGCUGUGCGGAAGCACCUGAAGUUUCUUGGCGACGAUCGCUUCAAGAUCGCCAACCAUGUCUUGAGCACCUUGGAGAGAGAUGCAUUCGACGAGGCCCUUCAGCUUGUGCGCAAAAUAUCCAAGGCUGACCGAGACUACAUGGUCUCUUGGAAUCACCUUAUAAGCCAUCUUUUCGAAAAACAGCGGCUGAAUGCGGCAAUCAAACUGUACAACGAGGCCAAGAAGCGCGGACAGACACCUAACGCGCAGACAUACACUAUCAUAUUUGACGGUUGCGCAGGUUCUGAACACCCAAAACUCGCUGUCGGCGAGGCGGUCAAACUUUAUCACACAUUACUGCGCAGCGAGAGACUCAAACCAAACACGAAACACCUCAAUGCUGUUCUCAAGGUUUGCUCGCGCGCUGGAGACCAGGAGGCGCUUUUUAGCGUUUUGCAAACGGCCGAGGGCGACAGGAAGCCCGACAACCUCACGUACACCACUGUUCUGAACUCUCUUCGUGUCAGGACGGCACCCUCUGACAGGAAGCCUGAAUUGAAGGGUCUCAAAAAGGAUGAGCGAGAUGAUGCCAGGCGCAUGGAUAUAGCGAUCUCUAUCCAGCGGGCAAAGGCCAUAUGGGAGGAGAUUGUGAAGCUAUGGAGGUCUGGAAAGCUCAUCAUGGAUGAAGAGCUCGUCUGCGCCAUGGGCAGAAUUCUCAGGUCCGGCGACCGUGGAUCAAACAGCGAGAUACUCGCUCUCGUCGAGCAAGCCAUGAACAUUCCUAGGCUUGACAAGCUGCCUCUGCGGGCGCCACAACAGCCGACCGAAGAUAAGUCGACUGUCGUAACUACCCGCCCAAGAUUAGUCUUUGGGUUUGCCAAACCAGGUAGAAACACGUUGUCUCUAGUUCUGGAAUCUCUGUGCACCACCAGGGAGACUUCCCUUGCUGUGAGGUACUGGGACUUGUUUAUCCAGGAAUACGGAGUGAUACCCGACAGCGAGAACUGGUUUCGACUUUUCAAAACCCUAUGGAUUGGCAAAGCCAGCGGUAAGGCGUCCGAGUACAUCACAAGGAUGCCCCCGCAGUUUCUCAGGCCCAGCACUGUGCACAUCGCCUUGGGAACUUGUGUAAGGGACAACCUGAACGAAUCUGCCACGGCCAACGCGGAUAAGAUCCUGGCAUACGCCAUCCGGACACUAGACGCUGUAGACGCCAUGACGAUGCGCCACUAUCUGCAAGCAGUCAUGGGGAACAACCAUCGUUUCAGGGUUAUGGAGGAGAAAGGUGACGUGAAAAAGUCGCAGGCCGAGCUCGGAAAGCAUUAUGCACAUGCGUUGCGGUCUCUCCAGGAGCCUUUGAUGAAAGCCACCAGCAAUCUGGCGCCCUACCAGUUGCCAAAGGGCCCUCUACAGGGACAGGCUGCAAUCCAAUACAACGAAUUUAGGGAGCUGGCCGCCACGACGCGGCGCAUGAUAUCAGUCGCUGACAAGAUCAUGAACCAGCAACUGGUCUCGGAUAAGAAGGACUUGAAAUGGAUCAAGGACCUCCGCGUGAAGAUGCAAAACUUUGUCGACUCGGUAUACGAAGAUCGCGACCACCUCGAACCCAAUCUCCCAUCUAAACAGGAUAACCAGCACCUUUAUAACAGGGAGAAGUACCGUGAGCUUGACAGUUAUGACUGGAGUGAGGCUGCUGCGGCCGAGCUGAAAUUCUAGGCUCUUCCAAGGCCAGUGGGGCGGGGCACCUUUGGGCGAGUUUGUGUUUUAGUGUAACAAAAAUGUAAUAUCUGAAAUAGAAAGCGGACAAAGGCUGUG